CCAAAUAAUUAAUUAGUCACUUAAAAGAAAGAAAGAAAAAAUGGCAUCAAACGCACUUGUAUCAGCAUCUUCAUCUCAAGCAGCUACACGAUCAGAGUUUGACAUUGAUGCCUUGCCUUAUGUCGAUCGUGAAAUCGAUGAAGGAGACAUGAAGGCAACUGUGGAUCGCAUGAUUGAACAAGAAAUGCGACGCAUGCGACGAAAGGAUGACGACAAGUCGAGUUUACCGACUAAAAUCAACCUGUUUGAAGAUGACGAGAUCCUCACACAGGAAUUAGAGCGUGUACAUAAAAAGCAACCCUUGUCUGCCUUGGAUACAUCUCGUUACGAACUCCAGGGACCUACUGAAGACAAAGACAGUGUAGAAGAGUGGAAAUCAGCAGUUGACAAUACAAAGGCACAGCUUGAAUCUCAAGCAGGCAGUAUGUUCAAUUUGGAAUUGCUGCAGAAAUAUGGUGCCAAUGCAUGGCGUGUACACAACUUUCAACUGGAGGCCUAUCUGAAACAGAUCCAAAAGGCAACAGAGGAAUACCGUAAUGAGAGCCGUGAAAUUAACAAGCAGCGUAAAUUCGAACAGACACAGGCAGCUGGAUCUCUUCGCUCACUAGAGAACAAAUGGUCGGAUCUGAUCAGUCAGAACUUGCAGGUUGAUAUCGCAUGUGCUGCUUUGGAAAGUGAAGUAGAAGAGUUGAAGCGCUACAGACAAUCGGGAGGUUUAUAAUUGGAUUGGAUUAAAUUAAAUUGAACUAAAUUGAACC